CUGAGCUGGACGCUUCUUCACUGCUGCUGUCUUCUUUCAGGUCUGUGAAUUGAGAUGAGCUCCAUUCAGUCAUGGAUCGCUGCACUCCUGCUAACUACAGUCACCCAUGGUGUAACUGAUAAUACCUCUAUUUGCCAGAAUUAUAAAACACUGAGUGACCCAUGGCGUAAUAUUGGCUUUAAGUCCGUCUGUGGAGGACCACCGAAAGAUCUUAACCUGAUGCCAGGGUGGUACCGCUUCACUGGUGUUGGAGGAGAUCGCCUAGUGAAUUACUGUCCCAGCAACUCUUCUACAACCCCUAAAUACCUCAUCAAUAACAGCAGUUCCACACAGCUUCAGCUGUAUUCCUGCGAUGCACUCUACGGGAGCACCGGCAUCGAUUGUGCUCAAGCGAACAUUAGCACUGUAUACUGUGAUGACGGGGUGAUCCUCUACAAUCUUUCUCCAACCAAUGGAUUGUAUGCCUCACGUCAUUCAUCCUGCAGUAACUCGUCCUGUGGUGAGUACGCCCAGUGCGGCUUUCUGUUUGGGAGUUGCGAGUGCAACCCUGGACUCUCCGUACCUGAUGGCGUCCUGUCCCAAGGAAGCACCUAUGGAUGUACAGAUCUCCCCAUAAAACCAUCUCCAGAAUGCCAGGGUGACUCCUCAGUGAAGUGUGUAGAGAUCCUCUUGAGUCAGAUUCAGAACAGCACAGUGAUCCCACCAGUUGUUAUCACCCAUACUUUGGAUAUGUUAAUGAAUUCGACAGUGGUUCUGAUAAAUACAUCAAUUAACGACACUUUACUGGUGUCCUAUGGAAACGCUGUACUUAAUGCAACUGAGAAACUGGUAUCUGCACUGGUGGUAAAAACAAACACCUCUUACUACACAAGCAUCUCUCUUCCAUCAAUAAAGGCUGCGGUCUUUGUUUUUGGCCCAAAUUCUUCCGUCAUGGACAUUCCAUCCCUCAACACAAGCACUGCUUACUUGGAUAUCGACUUCACUAAGCUUUCAAACGGGAACACGGGAAUAGAGGCAGUGAUCUUCAUGAGCUACACUAACAUGUCAAGCAUUUUGAAACCUGACUUCUUCAACACAUCUUCCAGCGCAAAGAAAACUAUGAUGUCUACAGUACUGACACUCAAAUUUCUCUAUAAUAGCAACCAAGAACAUUCCAGACAAAAGCGCUUUGAUGACAGUGAACCCUUUAAUGUUACCGUGGAACAUGCUCCAGUGAUUACGGAUGGAAGCAUGUUUCACUGUGUGAACUGGAGAGACGUUGAAUGGGUGGAAGGAAAUUGUAAACAUAUCCGGAUCAACAACAGCCACUCGAAAUGCUUUUGUGUACACCCAGGAACCUUCGCUCUCAUUAUGCAAGCCAGCGGUUCUAUUAAGGAUAACCGCAGCUUGUACAUGCUCAAUACAGUGGCCGUGUCGGUGGGACUUUUCUUCCUGUUCUUGGCUCUGUUGACCUUUGCUGUUUGUCAGCGGAACCCAAAAGUGAUCAACGCGGCUCUGAUCAACCUGUGCAUCAGCCUGUUUCUGGCUCACCUCCUCUUCCUGCUCACACAGACCUUCCUGCUGGACAUAGCCUCUGAUGUGCUGCUGUGUGCAGUGCUGGCAGGUGUUGAACACUUUCUCUUCCUCUCUGCUUUUGUGUGGAUGUCCAUUGAAGCGGUGCUGCUCUUCAUCGUAGUGAAGAACCUAACCCAGAUCAGACCAAAGAUGGAGAUGCUUAGCUGGAAAUGUUUAACUGUGAUUGGAUACGUCAUUCCUCUGACUGUGGUGGGCGUGUCCAUUGGACUGGUUCCUGAAGGAUACGGCAGCAGCCAAUGCUGGCUUAAGACUACCCAAGGCUUCCUCUGGAGUUUCCUGGGACCUGUUUGUGUCAUUCUUGCACUAAACCUGAUCAUCUUCAUCAGCAUCGGUUUCUUGAUGGUCUCCACCCUGAGAAAGCUGAACAAUGAGGUCCUGCAGACAAAACUCACACAAAGUGAUAAUGAUCUCAUUAAAAGUGUGAUGCUGAAAGUCUUGCUCCAGUUUGUUAUCAUUGGUUGUUCCUGGAUCCUGGGCUUCUUCACAGACAGCAGCGAUGUGAUGAUGAUUCUCUUCCUAAUCUUCAACUCCCAGCAGGGCACCUUCAUCUUCUUUAUCCACUGCGUCCUCAACCAUGAGAUCAGGCAGCAGUACAAAAAGUUUUUGUCUUGUUCUUGCUUCUCAAGCAAAUCUGCUCCUAAGACAUCCGGAAAAUGAAGGCUGGAGCGGCACGAGUCCAGAUUUAAACCCUACAGCGAAUAUUUGGUCUUGCAUUAAACACAAACUCGCUUGGCAAUGUUUUUUAGCUGUUUGAAGCCGUUAGUGCUGAAUGGAACAAUACUGAUUCUUUUUUUCUAUAAAAUAUUAUCCUGCAAGUUUACACACAAAACUUUUUAUCAUUUAAAGAAAUGAAAGAGAAAAUCUCUCUCACACUAACUUACUGCAUCCAUGUGUUUAAUUCUUACUGUUGCUGACUAAUGAUGGCCUUUAUAAGUUUCAUCUUUUGCCAUUUUUGGCAAAAACAAAAAUGAAGAAUAAUGUUAUGCAUAGUGUUUCUAAGGGUUAACAUCACUAUUGUUUAAUAUUCUUCUUUUUUAAACAAACCUUUUUUACUUGUCAGCUUUUCUUUUUAGAUUUUCUUAGGUGAUAUUUGAAAAUAACUGUUGCUAAUCAAAUGUUCUCCAUACAUUUGUAGGCCUACUUCAUAUGUCAGACAGUUAAAACUGUAACAUAACCAACAUAUCAUGAUUCUGUUAUUUCCAUGGUUAAUUUGUUUUCUGGUUGUAAUAAACAUAACAAUAAAACUCUAUUCUGA